UCAGCGCUAAGGCCCGCCCUCGACCUCCUACUUCUCCCACUCGUCAAGCCCACUUCUCCUUUCCUCUUUUCCGCCAUCGAUGCCCUCCUUCUUCAGCCUCAGCAUCUGGAACACCUCAGUCGCCAUGGCCUACACAUCUGUCCCCUCCGACCCUACGCCACAUCACAUCCAGGCUGCUCGCGACCAUGGCAUCCGGCUCAGGCAGAGCGCCCCUAUUCGCAAGGGCACGCUACCAUUCGAGCUGCCCAUCAUAUCACAUCUGAAGGGGAAGAGAGUUAUACUGGCCUCUUCGUCGCCGAGGAGGAAAGCUUUGCUGGCACAGGUUGGCCUCAAAGAUCUCGAGAUCAAAGCCUCCACCCUCCCCGAGGAUCUCGACAAGACCGCCUACACCCCCUACGAAUACGUCUCCGCCACCGCCCGCCGCAAGUGCAUGAGUGUAUACGAGGCCGCCCUCGAGGAGCAGGCAGCACAAGCCAAAACCUCGUCAACACCACCGCCCGACCCGGAGCUCGUCAUCGCCGCCGACACCGUCAUCGUGAGCAACGAGGGCCGCGUUCUCGAGAAGCCGCACAGCGAGGCCGAGCACGGCCGCAUGCUCCGCCACCUGCGCGACACGCGCGUGCACAGGGUGCUGACGGCCGUCGUGUGCCUCGCGCCCAAGGCCGACGCCAGCCACCCGGGCUACGAGAUCGCCGCGCACACCGAGGAGACGAAAGUGUAUUUUGCGCAGGAGGACGAUGGCCUGCCGGACGAUGUCAUUGAUACGUACGUCAAGACAAGGGAGGGCGCAGACAAGGCGGGCGGGUACGCUGUGCAGGGGAUCGGCGGUCUGGUGUUGGUCGAGAAGGUGGAAGGGUGUGUGGACAACGUCGUGGGUUUGCCUGUCAGGAAAACACUGGCCCUAGCGGAGAAGGUCAUAUUCCAGCAGGGAGAGGAGGAGGUUCAGUGGUCGGACGAGGAGGGUCACGAUGACUGAUUGGGCGAAGCUUGGGUGUGGGGCGGGAGGGCUGUGAGGGACCCUCCUGCAUGAGGAGCGUGGUUCAUGAUCUGCGUCUGGGGUGGUGUGUCGGUCGGGACCAGCCGAGGAACCCGACAUAACGACGGGGCGGGGAAAAACAUAAAAUAUAGAGAAAACAAAUCACCACAUCGGACAAGAG